AUGGUGUCCUGCCUUUCAUUGCUCCCUAUAACGUUUGCCGACAACGGUUUGUCGACGGUAAAUAAUUAUUUAUGUUUCGCCGAACAAUUCCUAUCGAUAUUUUGUUCGACAGCAAUCGUUUAUUCCGUAUUAUUGAUCGCAAUAGAUCAAUAUUUUGCUGUCGUUAAUCCGUUGCAUUAUCAUUGCAUAAUAAGCACUUGGAAAGGAUAUCUAAUGAUUUUUGCCACGUGGGGAUUUUCUGCGAGUUUGGCACUUCUCGGUUCCGUACAACCAGAUUUUGGAUUUUUUCAAAAAAUCAAUUUUGAUAAAUGCGAUUCGACAACCGAAUCCAAAAAUUUGAAAAUGACGGAAGAUUCGAAAAAUUCUUCAAGCGGUGACGAUAACGAAGAAACGACAGAUGGUCCAAACGUUUAUAGGAUAAUAUUUUGCGUUACUUAUGCCACGACAGCAUUUCUAAUACCCUUCGGAUUUAUAUGUUACAUUUACUACAGCAUAUGCGUGGCAGCUUCGGGAAAUAGUAAAAGAGCGAGAACUGGCGUAUUGAACAACAACAACGACGACGCACAAAUAAUAAGUAAAAAAAUUGAAAAUUUAAACGAGAGCAACGAUAAUAAGAGUAAAAAAACGUGUUCUCGCGAAUCGUGGCAGAAACAAAGAAAUUCAACGGAUUUUUAUUUACCCGAUUCGAGCGAUUGUUCGUCGUUACAACCGUCGUUUGUCGUCACGAGACCGAGUCCGCCGAAACCGUUAAAUAAAACCGAUGAAUCCGGAUUCGUUGAAAAAAACGAUAUAAAAGCAAAUUAUGAUAAGGUUAAUGAUAACGUUAAAGUGACAAUAGAAAGUGAAGUGCCUUUAUUAAAACCGACUUUGAAAAACAAUACGUCAUUUACAAAAUUAUCGUCGUUACACAUUCAAUUUUCUAAUUCCACUGAAAAAAUGACGGAUACGAAUCAAACCGGAAGGAGACAUUCGAACAUUCUUUUAACAACGGUCGAUCCAGAAUUCGAAAACAUAACGAAGGGUAGAUCACCGUCGGUACAAUCUAAUUUUUACGAAAUACAAAAUAAUCGUUCGUCUUUCAGCACUAGAUCCACGACAGCAUCCUCAACUCAAUGUCAAUCUAGUCGUUCAUCCUCGAUAUAUUCAUCAACAGCCGUUAGACAACCGCCAAGCAGAGCAUCGAGCAUAAAAUCAACAUCUAGCUACAUAGUACAUAACAUAAGGCAUAGAAUAUCGAACGCGAGCCUUUUUCGUUACAGGGAAGAAGCGAGAGCCGCUAGAAUAUCCGCCAUGGUCAUAGUCAUGGCUUUGUUCUGUUGGCUUCCGGUUUUCCUCGUCUUUUCAAUAUAUUCCGAUUUGUGUUAUCGUAGAUUUUUACAUUUCCCAUACUACCUCGAUACAUUUUCGAUCGUUUUAUUAUUGACGUCUACCGUUCUGUCGCCAUUUUUGUUCGCUUUUAGAAACAGACAAAUCAAAAAAGAAAUUCGUAAAAUUUUUCAAUGUCUUUCUCCCGAUUCCGGUUGUACAAAAUCAUUUUACACGAAUAAUUUUUCCCUAAGUUUAAAAUCUCAAACCGUUCAACUUUUGACUGAACUUGGCAAGAGUACGAACGUUAAUCAAGAAAUGACAAACCGAACGGCGGAAUCUUCUACGACUUAG